AUGUCCGCCAAAUCGAUUCUCGAGGCCGACGGCAAGGCCAUCCUCAACUACCACCUCACCCGCGCUCCCGUUAUCAAGCCCAGCCCGCUUCCUGCGCCCACUACUCACAACCCUCCCAGCAGACUCGCCUCGCUGCACUUCCCAGAGGAUGCCAGUGUUGAGGAUAUUCUGAACCAGGCUGAGGUCACCUACCCUUGGCUCCUCCAGCCCGACGCCAAGUUCGUUGCCAAGCCCGAUCAGCUCAUUAAGCGACGAGGAAAGAGUGGUCUUUUGGCCCUUAACAAGACCUGGCCUGAGGCUAAGGCUUGGGUCGCUGAGCGAGCCGGUAAGGAGCAGCAGGUUGAGCAUACCACUGGUGUGUUGAGACAAUUCCUCGUCGAGCCUUUUGUUCCUCAUCCCCAAGACACUGAGUACUACAUCAACAUCAACUCAGUCCGUGAUGGCGACUGGAUUCUCUUUACCCAUGAGGGCGGCGUUGAUGUCGGCGAUGUUGACGCUAAGGCUGAGAAGCUGUUGAUCCCUGUGGACCUCGCCGAAUACCCUUCCAACGAGGAGAUUGCUGCUACUCUUCUCAAGAAGGUUCCCCAGGGCGUCCACAACGUCCUUGUUGACUUCAUCACCCGCCUCUAUGCCGUCUACGUUGACUGUCAGUUUACUUAUCUCGAGAUCAACCCUCUCGUUGUCAUUCCCAACGAGGACAAGACCUCCGCCGCUGUCCACUUCCUCGAUCUUGCUGCCAAGCUCGACCAGACUGCCGACUUCGAGUGUGGUGUCAAGUGGGCCAUUGCUCGAUCUCCUGCUGCUCUCGGUCUUACCAAUAUUGCUCCCUCUGCUGAUGGCAAGAUCAACAUCGAUGCUGGCCCACCUAUGGAGUUCCCUGCCCCCUUCGGUCGUGAGCUGACCAAGGAGGAGGCUUACAUCGCUGACCUCGACGCUAAGACUGGUGCUUCCCUGAAGCUCACCGUUCUGAACGCCAAGGGCCGUAUCUGGACCCUUGUUGCUGGUGGCGGUGCUUCCGUCGUCUAUGCCGAUGCCAUUGCCUCUGCUGGUUUCGCCGACGAGCUCGCCAACUACGGUGAGUACUCCGGUGCCCCCACCGAGUCUCAGACCUACCACUACGCUCGAACUGUUCUUGACCUUCUCCUCCGUGCUCCUCAAAGCGACGAGGGCAAGGUUCUCUUCAUCGGCGGUGGUAUUGCCAACUUCACCAACGUCGCCAGCACUUUCAAGGGUGUUAUCCGGGCUCUGCGAGACUUCGCUCCUAAGCUGAUCGAGCACAAUGUUUCCAUCUGGGUGCGACGUGCCGGUCCCAACUAUCAAGAGGGUCUGAAGAACAUGAAGGCCGCCACCCAGGAGCUCGGCCUCAACGCCAAGAUCUUUGGCCCUGAGAUGCACGUCUCUGGUAUUGUGCCUCUGGCCCUCGUCCCUGGCAAGUGGGAGGAGAGCAAGGCACAGGAGUUCCAGGCUUAA